GGCCGCUACGAUCCCGAUCAAGCAAGAGAGCGUGUUGGAAAUGCUGGCCGGGGCGCAGGAGCCGGGCCGGCGGCAGGAAAGUUCGCCGUCGUCGGCGCCUCCCCCUUCUCUAGCUGCUUUUGCAAGGGAGGAGGACGAAGACGAGGAGGAGGAGGAAGCGGCGGUGGCGGCGGCGGCGAGGCAGGAUCGGGUCCUGCUGCAAGCGGAGCUGCUGUCCGGGACCCCCCGUGCGGCUUCCCCGGCGCCGUCGUCGUCGUCGCCCGCCUCCUCGUCGUCGUCGUCGCCGCCCGGCCUGCUGGCCUUCUCGCCGGAGCACGUCGCCUGCGUGUGCGAGGCGCUGCAGCAGGGCGGCCACCUGGACCGUCUGGCGCGCUUCCUCUGGUCGCUGCCGCCGGGCGAGCUGCUGCGGGGCGAGGAGAGCCUGCUGAAGGCGCGGGCGCUGGUGGCCUUCCACCGGGGCCUCUACGCCGAGCUCUACGGCAUCCUGGAGGGCCACAGCUUCGGCGCCGCCAGCCACCCGCUCCUCCAGGAGCUCUGGUACAAGGCGCGCUACAGCGAGGCCGAGCGGGCCCGCGGCCGCCCGCUGGGCGCCGUCGACAAGUACCGCCUCCGCCGCAAGUUCCCGCUGCCGCGCACCAUCUGGGACGGCGAGGAGACCGUCUACUGCUUCAAGGAGAAGUCCCGCAACGCCCUCAAGGAGCUCUACCGGCAGAACCGCUACCCCUCGCCCGCCGAGAAGCGCCACCUGGCCAAGCUCACCGGCCUCUCCCUCACCCAGGUCAGCAACUGGUUCAAGAACCGGCGCCAGCGCGCCCGCAACCCCGCCGAGCCCCAGGCCAAGAGCGAGUCGGAUGGGAACCCCAGCACCGAAGACGAAUCCAGCAAGGGGCAAGAGGACUUAUCGCCCCACUCCCUCGUCAGCGCCUCUGACGGAGCCGCCGGCUUGAGCCUCCCUAGCCACAUGGAGCAGGUGUACAUGCAACAGCUCGGAAACACCAAAAUCUCAUUAAGCUCUUCGGGAGUUCUGCUGAACGGGAACUUGGUGUCCGCCAGCCCGUCCCCUGUUUUCCUGAACGGUACCUCCUUCAUCCAGGGGCCCAACGGGGUCAUUCUCAACGGACUCAACAUGGGGGCCUCGCAAACCGUCGCUUUAAACCAGCCCAAAACAUCCCCGGGCGCUUUGAGCAACGGGGUUCCCAUGGCCGACAUCUUGGCACCUUCUUCCAAAGACGUGAAAGACUUCAAGCUCCUCCAGACUUCCAUGUCCGCCGCUUCGUCCUCCGCCACCACCACGACCUACAGUCCCAGUCCCGGGCCUGCCUCUUUCCCGGGCUUGACCCCAAGCAUGGAGGUGAAGAAGGAAGAAAGCGAGGAAGCCAUCGCUUCUCAAGAUGGCGGCUCCUUGGUGACGUUUACGGCCCCCGUCCAGAUAAACCAAUACGGCAUCGUCCAGAUCCCUGGUUCGGCGGCAAAUGGCCAGUUACUCAACGGAGGGAUUGGGUUCUCGUCCCUGCAGCUGCCUUCGGUUUCCGUGGCUUCUUCCCAAGGCAACAUAUCAAUCAACCAGAGUUCCUCAGACGGGGCCACGUUCACCAGCGACUCCACAACCGCACAACAAGGGAAGGUGUUUUUCAGCUCCCUCGCCCCCGGCGCCGUGGUGUACACCGUCCCCAACUCAAACCAGGCCGUCGGACCCGUCAAGCAGGAAGGUCUGCAAACCAGCCUUGUGUUUUCGCAAGUCAUGCCACUCGGUCAGAACGGCCAACUGCACGAAAGCUUGCCUUCGGACAGCCUGCCCGGCGGGGGCCUCCCGCCAGGAGCCUCCUCGUUAGUCAACAUAACCCUGUCGCCCAAUUUCUCCCUAGCGCCGCCCGCUCUCUUAAACGCCGACGAGCUCGGCCCCGGGCUGUCCGAGAGCCCGCCCCUGCCGUCCCCGGCGACGAGCGGGGCAACCGUCGUUUCCGUCAGCAGCGCCCACUACGCGACGCUUCAGAACUGCCCCCUCGUCUCCAGUCACGACCUGAUGUCCAUUUCCACGACGCAGCCGGCCCUGGAAGGGGUCGGCCCCGCCGCUAGCAACCACCCCGAACACCCGUCGGUGCACGUUCACCCCAGCUUCACCAGAGAGCAGCGGCUCCUCCUCCAGUCGGUGCCCCACCUAAAGGACAACUUCUUGCCCGACGCAGACAGCAAAUCGGCCAGCAACUUAAUGAUGCUGGAUUCGAAAUCCAAAUACAUCAUGAGCAAUAUGGUGGACGCGAUCUGCGAAGAGCUGGAGACGGACAAGAAGGAGCUCGCCAAACUCCAGACGGUACAGCUGGACGACGAUAUGCAAGACUUGUAAAUGUGUGUGGUUUGGGGUUGUUUUUUUCCCUUCCUUGUUUUCAUUUCGGUAGACUCCCUCCUCGCGAGGGCCUAGAAGCACAGGGUGUGAUUCCUCAUCUAGUCCAAAUAUGUAUAUGGGACAACUCUGGGGGGGGGAAAAGCACACUUUUAAGUAUCCACGUUUUAAAAUAAGUGGAGAUCUCCAUUAGCCAAAUGAGGUUGCCGGUCAUUGUUGUGCAUGCAAUAUAGCCUUCGAAUAAUAGUACUCUUUAACUCGUUUAGGAGGGAGGCGAUCCCUCAAUCCGGCAUGGGAUGGUUUGGUUUACAGAUAUAAUCCAGGUAGUUUCAUCAGAUGCGCUGUACGUUAGUGUAUUUUUCAGAGGUGAUACCCUCCAAAUAUAUAUGUAUAUUAUAUGUAUCUAUCUACAUUUUUAACCUGCCCUCCUCCAGAGAGUUCAGGGCAUUGAACACGGUUCUUCCCUCCCUUAUUUCCCCCUCACAAACACUUAGGGUUGCCAGUCUCCAGUUAGUGGCUCAUCUCCAGGUUACA